AUGAUAAACCGUAGCAUCUAACAAACUCAAUGGAAUCAUAAGACUUAGCAGCAGACUUUGUAGACUAUAUUUAAUGACAAAAUUUAAAGUCUUCCGAAUAAAAAUGAGAGGCGGCUCUAAGAGAAAAAUGAUUUUGAUGUAUAUGGAGGAGCAAAUCUGAGAUUAAGUUCUAUAGUGAUUAAAAAUGGUGGAAGUCCAAAUUCCUAUAGUCCGAUUUUAAAGCCUUAUCAGUAAAAAAACCACAAAAACCACUUUGAGCAUAAGAGAUUUUCAGAGAUACAUGUAAAAAAUAAUAAUACUUCUAAAUUCAUCGAUCCUUAUUACCAAGAACCUAUUCACUCUAGAAGAAUGAAGCAAUCCCUUUAAGAAAUAGAGAAAAAGAGACAGUCAUCAAUAUCUUGGAGAGAUAAAGAUAAUCAAAGCAGCUUUGGAGGAAUGCAAGGUCAGAAUAAGAGCAUUGAUUAAAUAUUAAAUUCAACAGAAUAUAAAUAGAAACAACGAGCAGUUCUCUAUAUUUAACCAGUAAAGUAUGACCUCUCAGAUAGUGAUAUGAUAAAUUCUUUCGCUACAAGUAAGAAAACAUCCACUUAGAGCAAAAAUUAAAAGACAAUAACUCCUUUAACAAUGGAUAGUUUGGAUAAAUAAAUUAAAAAAUAAGAAGCUUAUGAAUCAUUUAUACAAAAUAAACGAAGAUUUAUGUCACCUGACUCACUUCAAAACCUCUAACAUUAAAAGGCCAUAGCUGAUAAAGAAUUGAAAAUAAUAUCAACUGCUAUACAAAAACCAGAUCUUAUAAAUUUAAGCAUUGAUUCUUCCAAGUAAAAAAAGCUAUAAAAUAUGAAAAGAAAUUUCGCAGAGGAAAUUGUUAUUGAGGAACAAAAAUCUCUAACUAACUAGAGAAAUUCAACCAGAAUUAUCACUUUGAAUAAAAAUACUGAGCAACUUUAGUUUGAGGGAAGUCCUUCAUAGGAUUACGAAUAGAUUAAUCACUAAUCUUUGAAUAAUCUCUAGUUAAUGAACUCAUAAUAAGUUACCACCGAACAUAGAACUCCAUAAGAAUUCCACAAUGAUUAAAAAGAAGAGUUCAAUAAUUAGUCACUUUAGUCUAGCAUGAAUGGCUAAUUUUCAAACAGUGUUUUCAUAUUCAAUAUACAAGUGAAUCAUAAUUUGAAGAUAAAAAAUAAAAGAGAGCCGAAUAGAUUUCAGCAUUUCUAAGGACUUAACAAAACAAAGCCAAGAAAAUAAAAUUAAGCCAAAGCUGAUGCUACGAAAUAGCAACAACUUUAGAUCAUGAAUACUAGGAAGAUGGCUGAUGCUUACACUACUUAAUUACAAUUCUACAAUGAUGCCAGCAAGGAUGUGGAUUAGCAAAUUAAAACCUCAAACCAAAUAGUAAAAGAUACUUAUUUUCAUUCAAUCGAUUAAUAGAAUGAGCAGAUUUCAGUUCCUAGUUAGAAUCUCUUAACAGAGUAGCCUAUUGAUAAAUAGUAAAUUUAAUUCUAAACUAGAAACCAACUGACGAUUGGACCUUAUGGACAACAAAACAAUUAAAUUAGUGAUAUAAAUUCAAGAAAUCAUAGUUAAUAGAGUAAAACUUAUAUUCCAGGUUCGAAAUCAUUUUAGAGUCUCGAUUUCAACACUGAAAGCUCUGUUAAUUCAAGUUUCUAACAAUCUAUCAGAGAAAAUAACAGUGUCCUUCAAUUUCCAAAAAGGCUCAAUUUUCAGGUUAACAACAACCUUUAAAAUAAAUUCUUUCAUAAAUAGUAAGUCUAAAAAUAGAUUGGUAUUGAUAAAGUAUUAAACGGGCUUUAAAGACAUAGAAAGCUAUAAAAAAUUAUGAGAGAUUUAGUAGUCCCUCCUCCAAUCAUUUAGUAGUCUAAAAGAAAUUCUCCAGAAAAGAGAAAAGUAUAAAAUUAAUAGCAAAGACAGGAGAAUUCAGGGAGCAUUUAAUAUGACCUAAUCAAUGAAAUGUGA